UCGAUUUAGGACGCAGGACGCAGGACGCAGGGCCAGGGGCUCGCUCCGUCUGGCUGGCUCGUCUCGCCCCCGUUCUAGCUCUAACUCAACCUGUCUGGGUCUUCCUCUCACACUCCUUCAGCCUGCCCCACCUCCUCCCCCCGGGGCAGCCCAGGAUCCAGCGGGUGAGCUGGGGGGUGUCCCCAUUGUACGCGCGAGUGCGCCGGCUUUCUGCUCUUCUCUCCAGCUGGGACUGCGGAACCGUCCGCAGCUCGCUCGAGAUCGCCUUUGGGAGCAGAGCCGAGCGGAGCAAAGCCGAGUCGCAUCUGCAAGCAGCGAGGAGAAUCUGCCAGGCUCAGGGGAACGCCCGGCUGACAAGGGCCAGGGUCUGCGCUCGUAGCAGCUCGCUUUCCAGCCUGUUCCUGGAUCUGCCAGCCCUUCAGGCGUCAUGGAAGAGUGGGACGUACCUCAGAUGAAAAAAGAAGUAGAGAGUCUGAAAUACCAACUGGCUUUCAAGAGGGAGAUGUCUUCCAAAACAAUACCGGAACUGCUGAAGUGGAUUGAAGAUGGAAUCCCCAACGACCCAUUUCUGAAUCCUGAUCUGAUGAAGAACAACCCUUGGGUGGAGAAGGGAAAAUGUACCAUCCUGUAGAGAGGGGCUCCGGCGCUCGCCCCCAGACUGCCCUGGAGCAACAGCUACCAACCAGGACAGUGAAUCUUCCCCAAACACCCCGCUUCCUCCCACUGACUCAAUCUCUUCUCUCUGGUUUUCAGUUAGGUUCAUGCUGCACUGAUGCAAACUUAUUAUCACCUUGGCUUCUCAUUUGUAUGGGGUGGGGGGUGGGGGGGGGGGAGGCAGGAUUUCAAAUCCUGAAGGACGGGGACAAGGGAGCAAUUAGGGUUUUGGGAAAGGUUCACUCACCCAGGGAAGAGUCUGGGCAGUGGGCUCCCAAUGACAUAUGGGGUCAGAACCACCAUCUAAAUUACCAUGGCAGGGUAGGAAAGGAGGGAGAAUUACUCCAGCUAGUCUUAUGAUUCUUGGUAACGGGGCUUUCAUUUAAUGGGCUUUCAUUUAAUGAUACUGACACUUGUGUAAAACCAUUCAGACCUUUUUUUUGGGGGGGGGAGGGGGGUAGAGGGGAACUUGUAAACGAACAACUUUUGUAAAAAAAAAAAAAAGACUUUUCAAUACUUUUGUAUAUUGUAGAAUAUACAAUUUUGCAGUCAACAGGCCGACCAUGCAGGAGACUAAGGUUUAUACAUAAAU